AUACAGUUGCUUAUCCCCGGAACUGCAAUAUAUGUUAGAGUCGCUGCUAGUGCUUUCUGAGAAGACUAAACUGCAUUUUAGAUUGUGUAUAUUGACAUUUAACGCAGCAAGACAAUCUUGUCGUAAUGGGUGGUUACGAUGUAAUGGCAAACGAGGAAUCGCUGGAUUAUUCAGUGCAUGAAGCGUGGAAUGAAGCUACUAAUGUUUACCUGCUAGUUAUUCUGGUCAGCUUCGCCCUGCUGAUGUACGCCAGAAAAAAUAAGAGGAAGAUUAUGCGUAUAUUUACACUGCCACCAACAGUCGGAACCACAGCAGAACCCAACUUCUACGACAGCCUGCAAAAAGUCCGGCUAAGACAACAACUGGAAAUGUAUUCAAUUGCUAGAAAAUACGACCAGCAGCACCAGCAGUCAGACAGUGUUCAGCUGUCAAUGGAGUGAUCUCACUGUAGAGGGCGCUCUUUACACACGAAUGGUACAAAUGUGAAGGACGGCAGUGUGGGCCAAAUUUGAACUGAUGUGCCACAACUCUACGGAGACUGAGAAGUGGAUCGUGUUGUUUUAAGUAUAAGGGGGUUAUUAGUAUUUACGUUUUUAUUUGAAAAACUGUUUUUUCACAUUCUUCAUCCAUAUACCCCUAAAAAAUGUGGGGGUAUAGGUGGCACUCUUCUGUUAAAGCAACUUUUGUGAUGUGAUAUUUGCAUCAGUGGACUAUGAAACAGAUCACCCAUCUGGUCUUGGCAGUGAUACUUCAUAUGUUCAUUAUUUUAAUUCUAGAUGUCAUCCAUGUAUUGUGCCACGUAGAUUUACAUCCAAACCUUAAGAUUACAGUAACAUGUGAAUUGAACAGUACUACUAAAUGCUAAAUAAUCUGGUCAGCAUAAAGUUGUUCUUGAAUGCUAAACAAACAGCACAGGUUAAAAAUUCACUGCUGACUCCAUGCACACUUGGUGUAUAUCUCUCCAGGGCUGUAGAAAAUAUCUUAUUUUGCCCUCUAGUGUUAGCUUGUAUACAUGUCAGUAGUUUACCAUGACCUGACAGUCUGUUUAAUCAGUCUGCCGAAAUAUUGAAAACUUUAUUUAAACAUUAGACCGUGAUAAGCCUGGAUUAGGCAUUAUGUUUUUGAAUGUCCAGUUUUUUGUGACAGCAGGUCUGUUUGCCUCUUUAAUAGAAAAAUGAAGUGUCAAGUCAAAUUUACUUUCAGUGUACAGUGUUUUUUUGCAAUGUUGAAUUGACCACAGAAAACUCGAAAAUUAUUAAAUAUAUGGCAUAAUGGAAUAUAAAGUAUUAUUGCAAACUUUUUUGUCCUCAUAACUAAAUUAUAAUCUAUUGUAGAUGUUUGUAUGUACUUUUUCUUCUAAUCUAGACCAGUUAUAAGUAAUAAUAACAGAUGUCAAAUUACACUAUACAUGCCUUUCCAUCUAACACAGAAAUAGCCCUUAAAAGAAGAAAAAAUAUAUAAGAGCACACCUACAACAUUGAAACAGUGACUACGUUAUGAUCAUAUUUCUGUUCAUUUUUUGUACAGUAUCUUAAAUCUUCUCUAGUGCUUCUCUUUAGUGAGAUUUUUUUAUUUAAAUAAAAAAAUAGAUUUACAUUAAAAAAGUUUUUUUAACUCCAUGAACUAAAAUCAGUCAGAAGACCUUAUCGGCCACUUUUAAAACAUAGUGGCAGGUGUCCACAGCCCGCUUGCGUAGUGGUGGUGACUUUUUGUGUGGGUAUGCAUGAAGUUUUCUUCAGAUAUUGUAAAAUUGUCUUUAUUCUUGUUUCAUAUUAUUGAAAAGUGUGAUAAAUGUGUCCAAGUGCUACGGACGUGUGAAAUCAGAGCGAUGGAUAGAGAAAUAAAAAGUGAAAAGGUGUGAGAGAGAGA